AUUCCAACACUAUAAAAUACACACAUCUUCUUUCUCUGUGUUUCAAAACCAUCAUCUGAAAACAAAUGGCCAAACCACAACAACUACAAGCUGUCAACACCACGCCAGUUAUCAUGGAGCAUCAACAGGAAGGCAGAGACGACGACGAAGAUGCAGUUUCCGGCGGCUGUUUCCGCCUCUUUUGCUGUUUCGACACUCACCACGACGGAGAAACGGCGGGGUUUCUACACCACCAGUCCGGAGAUCUAAUCGCCCAAGACACUUGGUUCAUGAAACGUGCCAAGAGCUUGAAGGAAUUUUCGGAGGUUGUUGCAGGUCCUAAGUGGAAAAACUUCAUCAGAAGGUUCAGUAAGAGGCCGAAGACGAGAUCUAAUGCUAAUACGCCAUUUCAGUACGAUCCUCAAAGCUAUGCUCUUAAUUUCAACGAUCACGAAGACGAUGAUUUGUUACCUCGUAGUUUCUCUACACGAUAUGCUCCUCCUUCCCGAUCUACACAACUAUAAUCCUUCAUUCAUAUUCGAUUCAUUGUUUUUCCCCCAAAUUUCUAUCAAAUUCCAUAUACAAUAUAUAUAUACUCUUGUUUUCUUCGUGAAUUGGUACCUUUUGUAAAUCGUAUGUGAAUGAGUCAAUUCCAGGUGCUAAUUGAUUGCAUCGUAUUAGAUUCUCAGCAAAUACUUGUAAAUCCAGAAAAAAAGUUUGGCCUCAAAAUUGACACGUCAAGCACAAAUUCUGCUA